CGCAUAAAUAAUUGAACCAGUAAUUAACUUUGUCACCUAGUCACCAGAUGUCUGCCUGUGUUAGAUCCGCUUUUUAGGCAGGUAUAAAAUACCGAUUGGUUACCUUGAUGCAACAAAGGCACGAAGAUCAAAAAAGAUGAGGCUCAUACUGGUUGCUGUUCUGUUGGUGUUGGUUGUCCUACCUGAUGCGGAUGCCUGGUGGCUAAAUCGCAAAAUCAAGAACUGGGUCUCGGGUAAAAAGGAAAAAGUAAAAAAUUGGUGGAAGAAUUUUAAGCAAGGAGUGAAGUCCGGCCGAGACGUUGAAGAAGUUGAUCUGGAUCAGGACGGGAUGCUGGAUUUCGAGGAACUGGAACACGUCAUGGGGACACGUGACGCGCAGGAAUUCUUCUCUAUGAUGGACUUAGACGACGAUGAUGAUAUGACUCUGGAGGAAUUUACUAGAAGCAUUGACAAUGACGAUUUUGAAAUUUAGAUUAAAAGCUCGUUAACUUGGCAGGAGCAGAUUU